AUGUCGAUAAUUUUGCCUCCACAAUUUGAAGUUUAUUCUUUAUUUUCACCAACCCAGCAAGAGGGUGAACUUCCCUAUGUUGGAUAUCAACCUGUUAAUCAAUUUAGCAAGUUUGAUAUUUUAUCCUCCUCUUUCAUAAGCCCUCCCCAUGACGAUAAUAAAAAUGAAACAUCAAAAUAUGGCGAGACUGUAAAUAAUAAUAAGCUUGUUUUAGAUCAACCAUCACACAAUAAAGAGUUAACUGAUGAAAAAGUUAUUGAUCAAAAAAUCUUUACGCCAUUUAACAACGAAUUAUAUGACGCACCUCAAGAAGUGAUUCUUGCAUCCAGCUUGACCAGAGUUCGCCGAGAUUCGGAGUGCUCUGAUCCUUCAAUUAAUCCCGAUCUGGAUCCUGAUCGUCCACUUAUCAUUGACGAAAGUUUCGAUGAAGAUGGAAUAACGAUUGAAGCUCGCAAAGGAUUCUUUAACUCGUUAUUUGGUAAAAAAUUAAGACACACAAGCCUUGAUAAUAGUCAAGAGAAAAUUAUUCUCGAUCAAACACGUUUCUUCAUCGAUGAUGAUGAAGAGUUGGCAAUAGCUCGUAAAAAAUCUGUCAUGGCGACAUUUCAAAGUCAGGCUCAUGUUUAA